AUGUCUUUGAUGGCGUGGCGUUUUCUUAUUGGACCGAAUUACACGAGUCGCAUGUUUGGCUUCAGUUUUUUGAAAAUUUCAGUUGACGAAGGCGAAGUGGAAGAACUGGAAAAAGUGUUCGGCUCGAUCAAUGACACCAAAUUAUGUAAACUAACCAGAAAUGGUUUUGGCGCACUGGUUGGAGGAGCCAUAGCCGAUUGCUUCAUCGAUGGCCUGUUUCGUGCGUUCGAUGUAAAUGGCGAUGGGCUGGUGGACUUUAAGGAACUUGUAUGUGGCCUUUCGGCAUCUUGUCGUGGUCCUCAUACUGCUCGUCUCAAGUAUGUGUGUUUUGCGGUUGUUUCAGUUAUUGCUCAGAUGUUCGACUCGGACAGCGAUGGUUAUUUGACGAAAGAAGAUGUCCAGAACGUGUAUGCACAUUUGAAUAUUGUACGCCAUUUCCUUCAUUUCUUGUGCGAAGACUCGGCUCGAAACAUGCGCACAGAUGGUUUCGGUCGUGCAUCUCUGAUGGAUUUUGUAUGCUGGGCAAAUGAAAAUAAACGCGUCGACGAACUUCUUGAAGUAGUUGUCCAGGUUUGCCAAAUAUUUUACAUCGGUCGUUGGCUUAAGAGUUUUCAUUUUCGUUUAAGUGGAUUCAAACAACGUAUAUUACUGAGCUGCUUCGCCGAAUGGAACGUCGUUUCAUCGGAAUGGUGGCGGCAGUGGGUGUAUGCAAUGAUGUCCGAUUCCAAAGUGCCUCCAAUCAACAAUUCCUCAAUAAUCGCUGCGAAACAAAAAAAUGAUUGGUCAAAUAAGGCAGGACCUUUCGAUUUCUUUCAAUAA